AUGCCCUUCAGCUCACCCUUGCCAUCUCCCAUGGCCCUCAACAAGCCCCCACCGAGCCCUUCUAUCUUCAAGAAGCGGUCUUCGAGUGCCCUGGGUGGUCCUAUACCCUCUUCUGCCGCGUCGUACCUGACUGCGCUGUCGCAAGCUGACGCGCGAGCUCGUAACGCCAACGGUUCUCCCACCUCUACACCGGCCCUGUCGCUCUCGUCUUCCGUCACUUCGUCGUCCGAGGACACAGUGUUGCACGACUACGCAGACAAUGAUUCGAACGCAAACGGUUUGCUUCUCCCCGCACGACCGCCGACGUCGGAGCAAGUCUUCACAACUGUGCACACCGAAUUCGGGCACUGUGCCAACGAGGAGUAUCGUACGACCAGCCAGCACCCUCCAGGCACACCUCUACCUCCCCACGUUGAACAAGACCCUCCAUAUUACAUUCUUCUGUCCACCUAUAUCAGCUACCUCAUUCUCAUUUGCCUGGGACACGUUCGGGAUUUCGUUGGCAAGAGGUUGAGCCCCGCGAGUUACAGGCAUCUGAUGCCGAGGAAUGGAUACGCGCCGCUGAACUCGGAUUUCGACUCGUUCUACACACGUCGACUCAAGACCCGUAUGGACGAGUGUUUCUCGCAGCCCGUUACAGGAGUUGCUGGUCGUACCAUCCUCCUCCUUGACCGUAUUUCCCCGGAUUACAACCACACCCAGAUUUUUACCGGCACACGCACACGCGCACUCAACAUCUCGUCGUACAACUACCUCGGAUUCGCCCAGGCCCGCGGGGGGUGUGCGGACGCGGUCGAAGAGUCUAUCAAACGAUAUGGCAUCAGUUCAUUAGGCUCGCGGCUAGAAGGCGGCUCGACGGACCUGCACACAAUCAGUGAAGCUCUCGUGGCCAAUUUUGUGGGCAUGGAGGACGCGCUGAUUAGCUCUAUGGGCUUUGCGACCAACUCGACGAUUAUACCUGCGCUUGUGGGCAAGGGCUCGCUCGUCAUCUCGGACGAGCUGAACCACGCGUCGAUCAGGUUUGGGACGAGGAUCAGCGGCUCGCACGUACGCAUGUUCAAGCAUAACAACAUGAAGAGCCUAGAGAACCUUCUGAAGGAGGUUAUCAGCCAAGGUCAGCCAAAGACACACAGGCCAUGGAAGAAGAUUCUAGUUAUCGUGGAGGGUCUGUAUAGCAUGGAGGGGACGCUAGUCAACUUGCCUGCGAUUCUGGAGCUCAAGAAGAAGUACAAGUUCUACCUGUUCGUCGACGAGGCCCAUUCCAUUGGUGCACUCGGCCCGCACGGCCGAGGUGUUGCGGACUACUUUGGCGUCAACCCGAGGUCGAUCGACAUCCUCAUGGGUACAUUCACUAAGUCAUUUGGUGCUGCCGGCGGCUACGUCUCGGGCAGCAAGGCACUCAUUGACCGCCUGCGUGUGUAUGGCCACUCCGGACCCUACGCGGAAGCGAUGACGCCUUCGGUGCUGACGCAGGUUGUAGCAAGCAUGGCGAGCAUCAUGGGUAUUGCGCUGCCUCCAGAAAUGGCCUCGUCGUCAAAGCUUGCCAUCGAACAGGAGUACCACCACCCCGGACCUGCACCACCCUCGUCCCUGCCAUCCUGGCUCUCGCUGCCCCCGAACCUCGCCUCGGGUGCUGAAGGCUCGUCGCGCCUGCGCCGACUCGCGUUCAACUCGCGUUACCUGCACAACGGGCUGAUCAAGCUUGGUUUCAUCACGUAUGGUCACCCGUCCUCGCCGAUCGUGCCGCUGCUCCUGUUCAACCCGGGCAAGAUGAACAUGUUCCAUCGGCUGAUGAAGGACAGGCAGACGCCGAUCAUCGUCGUGGUCGUUGCGUACCCGGCGACGCCGCUGGUGACGAGCCGUGUGCGGUUCUGUGUCAGCGCGGCGCACACGAAGGAGGACAUCGAUACGGUGUUGAAGGCGUGCGAUGAGGUUGGCGAUGUCCUGGACUUAAAGCAUGGCCUUCCGAAGAGGCAGAGAUGGACUGUGGAGGAGAUUAUGAAGAGGGCUGUUGAGCUCGGGACCAUGGCCUGA